GGGGCGACCGGUGCGACAGGGACGGACGAACUAACCCUGUGUACGAUCGAGGGAGACAGCGAUACAGGCAGAGGAGGGGCGCAGGCUUCACAUGCCUCAGUGUGAUUGGUGGGUGCACGCCGCCCCAAGCCGCGCCCCCCGCGCGCCGAGUCCCAGACGAUCACCAUUCUGACUCGUCAGUCCAUCGCUCGACAUCGACGCGACACAAUCACCUCUUCGUCUGUGCUAUUUCACCGCAUUGUGCCAUAUAACACCACAGAGUUAAUGCUCUAAUAGAACUUUCGGACAGUCGGUUUAUUUUCAAAACGAUCGCCAUGUCGACAUUAAGUCAUCAUCCGUACGCCUUUUCAAUGCACCCGGGCAUGCUGCCGGAGUAUCCGAGUGCGCCGCAACCUUUGCCAGCGUCUUCGCCGCAGUCCGAAGGUCACAUCAAGAGGCCGAUGAACGCCUUCAUGGUGUGGUCGAGACUGCAGAGGCGCCAGAUCGCAAAGGACAACCCGAAGAUGCACAACUCCGAAAUCUCCAAAAGACUGGGAGCCGAGUGGAAGCUGCUGUCGGAAAUGCAGAAGCGUCCGUUCAUCGAUGAGGCGAAACGUUUGCGAGCUCUGCAUAUGAAGGAGCAUCCCGAUUACAAGUACAGACCGCGCAGGAAGCCGAAGCCGCCGACGCCAGGAGGUGCCCCCGGCGCAGGAGCGUUCCCUAGCUUCCCGCUUCCAUACUUCGCGGGACCAGCACCAACUUGCAGUCCCCUGGACGGGUUGCCGUACCCGGCUGUGCCCCCGUAUUUCCCACACCAGUUGGACCACCUGCAGUUCUCGAAGUUGAUGGCGCCGACGGCGGAGAAGAUGCCGACGGUGUCGUCGUCAGCCGCCGCGGUGGUGUCAUCGUUCUACUCGUCCUUGUACACAUCGCCGGCGGCUCCCCCGAAGCCGUUCUCCUCGCCGCUGUUCCACCAGUACGGUGCAGCCCCCUCGUCACCGGUCUCCCCGGCGACACCCACGCAGCACAGCCCUCACGAUGACCAGCUGAGGCGGCCCGUCUCCGUCAUAUAUUGAAGACCAACCUGCCUUCCUUGAAGGACACCAAUCUUUCGAGGUUCGGCAUCUUGGAAGUUGAAGUGUUGAGGACAGUGAAUCGUACGGACCUUAUAUUUAUUGAUCAUUAUAGGUAUAGUAAAUGGAGUGCGUCUCAUAUCAAGUGGCCUGUAAAUAGUUUCGAGAAUAGGCCUUAGGGCGGCGGAUCAUUGAGUUUCAACUGUGAUUUUUUGUUUUCGAUGCAUCUUUAUUAUAUUUAAGGUAAUGUAGCGCCGGUUCGUUAGCUAUUUAAAGUGAGAUUGGUACCAAAAAGAGAUUAUUUUUUAUAGGUGUCAGGACAUUUAGCCGAGUAGUUAUGAGUUGUAAUGUGACUUCGGUUUUUGUUUCUCUUGUCACUCGAUCAGUUUGUUGAGUUUUCAUCAUUUCCUUGUCGCGGCUCUGUGGACAGUCUCGGCCGGGAUAAUGGUAGUAGCGUUGUAAUUUAUUUAUUGACUCCUGUGUAGAUGUACCUUAAUAUUUGUAAAUUAGUUAUUUAAAUUGUAAGUUUAUUAGUACAUUCAAAUGUAUAUAUUAGUGUUUAAAUCUGAAUCGAUGUCAGUACCAACGAUGUAUUAUAAUAGUAUUUGAAAUGAAAUCUUUGUUAAUGCCAUAAAAAUAAACACUAAAUUGUUUUUAUUUUAA